AUGCAAUUCCUCAACGCAAUCCUCGUUUUGGCUUCACUCGCAGCUUCCGCGACUGUUGCCUCUGCCGAUGCAGCUGCCCCUAUCGAGGCGAGACAGGCUGCAAGCCCCUGCUAUUCUAACCAGAAAUUGACUUGGAACACGGGCCAGUAUGGCAGCAGUGGGGGAUGGGGUUGCGUCACCAACACCAAUGGCGGCUGCAAGUCCUACUACUGGAAGACAGAGCUUCCUUACUACAGCUGCACUUAA